UCAAAGAAGCGAAGCAACUCGUUCGCGAAGAAUCGUCUGAACAAUUAAACAAUAAAUCUAAACAACACUUGGCUGCCAAAAAGAUAUGACUGGUGUGCGAGUCGCGUUGUUCGCGGCGACCGUGACGUUGCUCGCGAUCGUCGAUACCUCGAUCGCCCAGUCGACCAGGCAAUCUCUCCAGUGCAAAAACAUUGCCAGAGACGUGAUCAUCAACAGCUGCAAGGGGCCAAGGAUGAAACGAUCCCCGGAGAGUCCGAGUCUCGCGAGGUUGAACCAGGAGGCGCCAAUAGCGGUGAAGACAGAGGCUGCCGAAGCAAGAGACGACGACGAACCGCGUCUAACGCAAAGUAAACGUAAUUUCUUUCCUCCCCUUUACGGUAUGCCACCAAUACCGAUGUUUGGCGGCAAUUACGCGUCGAACAAUUAUCACCAAACGGAUCUCUCUCUGCCUGGACUCGGAUUCAUGGACACUGGUUACGCCAACACGAUGGAAGAAAGCUACUUGCCGCCGAAUCCAUUUGGUUAUCAGCCAGGAUAUAUGAUAAGAUCCGUUAAUCCAAACGAUCUUCUUGGCUUCAGUCUAAGCGCUGACGAACUGGAAGAACUAUACCACGAGAUCGGUGACAGAAUGCCACGAAAUUCGAAGAAUCUGAACAAGAAGAUUUUCCAACACGUCGCCAUGAAAUGCUGCCCAAACGCGCAAUUAUGCUACGACAAUCCACGGAUAAUUCCUUGCAUGGGCUUGCCAUUCUGAAAAAUCCGACAGGUGAUCGUUACGCAGUAGAUUGUACUUAAACUCUCGG